AUCCAUGAUGACAACUUUAAAAUACCAAGAGUAUGGGCUGUACUUGUCCGCCGCACUUCGGGGGAAUGUCUCUCCGCCUGUGUGUUGAGGCGGAUGCUGUCGACGGUGCGGAGUAGCAUUAGCUUGCUAACGUUAGCUGGCCUGCUAGCAUGAAGUGGGGCUGUCGCUGCUUUUGUUUACAUCCAGUCCAGAUGGGCCUGGAUAGGUGUGUUAGCUAACGCAGCUACCCGAGUGGUUGCAAGAAGUCUCAUCCUCAGCCAGCACUUUCAGCUUUGGGGGUCAACCACCGAAACUGCUGGGACCUUAGGGUGAUGGAAGUGUCCUCUCAGGAUCCAUCUCCCAUGGCUAUGGAUCUGUCAAAGGGCUACUCAGUCAAUUCCUUGACCCGUAGCCACACCGAAGCCAUGGACCUGGCAAAGAAGCCCGAGUGGUACCACAGACGCCCACCGAGCUGCAGCACAGAGGUCAGCUCCCCGUACAGCACCAGAUCCAGAGCGGCAUCUUCCUACAACUCUCUGUCCGGCCGGAUGAUGGACGGCAGCAGAGGAGAUGGCGGAGUUAUCCAGUUGCAUCCUGAGGCAGGCGGACCCGUCCACUGCAGAGACAUGGAGCAGGGCGCUGAGUCCUUAGGAGGCUACAUGAAUUCGACGUUGGCUCAGGGGCUGGGACUUUACCACGAGGGAGUUCACGGCAACCUGUGGCAUCCGGGGUUCUACAGGCCCGACCAGGCAGGCGGCCCGAUUCCUGAGAGCAGCGGUGGAGAGGAGAGCGACAGCGGCUCCGAUGUUAUUUUCCUUGUUUCCUCCGCUAAGGAUUCACUCUUAUGCAGUUCUUUCAUCCAAGAGAGUGUGAGCCGUAUUGUGGAGCCUCUGUCCCCUGCAGCUCCCUCUCUGGACGAAGGAAGAGGUUGUUAUCUGCUACCUCAGCCUCUGAGCUCGCCCAGUCCUGACAGCACGUACUCAGAAGACUCCUCAGACAGUUCAGCCGAUAUACCUGUACACCACACGCGGCCCAUAGUGCUCCUGUCUGACCUAAAUGCAGUUUAUGGCAACAAUGUCGAAUCUCUAGUAGACAUUUCAAGCGAUGACAGCGAUGUCAUCGAAGUUUCGGUCACCAACGAGAAGAAGAAAAGUCACACUUCUUUUCCUGGCAAAAUUCCUUGUAAGAAAAGUUUGGUGGGAGAAAUGCGUCAGCAAAGUGAGGCAGGUGAGCCUCAACCCAGGGAAUUACGACGCAGUUCCAGAAUUAGGAAGCCUGUUUCUGUCAUGCCCAUAUUUACCCGCAGUGUUUCUCAGCAUAAUUUGAGGAGUAAGUCCAAAAAUGCCACAGUAGGUUUGUAUAAUGAAAGUUAUGAUUCUGAUGACAUGAUAGAGUCUGUGGAGAGGUUGUCGAGCUCGGAGGCAGAGUCCGUCCUGCAGCCACGUCUCACACAGAGAGUCAGCAGUCACUCGGAUGACUCUGAUGCAGACUCUCACACAGACUGCAAAAGUCCUUCUGAAUCACCUCAGAGCAAAUCACCAUAUGGCCAGCAGUCUUGCCGCAGAGUCUCCCCCGUGAAAACCAUGAAACGGAAACGGAAAAAGUCCCUUACCGUUCAAAAGACAAAAAGAUUGAGGACCAAACAGAAAUCCCACCAGAAACCCCCCCCACGGCAGCACUCAGAGGUCUCACCAGGCAGGAAAAGGGCAGUAAACAAAAGCGCUGUCACAAGACGGAGGCGAAAGAGGCACAGCCAAAGUGGGCCGUCCGCUUUGUUCUCCCCCAGAGAGCCAGAAAUCAAGCUCAAAUACGCCAAGUUAAAAGAGGAGAAAAAGGAAGGCAAGUCUGACAGCUUUCGGCCCUUUGUUCACAUGGAGCGGACAGUGUGCACCGUGGUUAACUACCAGGAGGAGGAAGUGACUGUGAGGUGCAAAGGAGGGCAGCAUCAAACAGCCACCGGAUCCCUGUCUGGAUUUGUUCCCAAGACGUCUUGUUUCCACUUAGGGCGACUCAGGACAGAGAGCAAGUGUCAGUCCACGCAGGUCUGCUGCCUGUGCGGUCAGACGGCCAAUGCCAUGGGCCUCGGGGACCUUCACGGCCCUUAUUAUCCUACGGGCUCGUCUGUGGACUGCCAGAGCCACCAGCAGAACUGCACGGAGCUGCCUCAGGAGGAGAAGAAAAGCAGGGAAAAAGAGGAAGAGGAGUUGCAUGGACUGAACAACAGCCACGAGGUCAACUCUGCGGAUGAGUGUUACGAUAACGACGGGUCCACUGUGCCCUCCGUGAUGGGGUCGCCUGAGAACGACAGCCACAGCCUCCCGAAGGUGCCUCUUUACCGGGACGAGUGCUGGAUCCACGAGGACUGCGGCAUCUGGUCCGCCGGUGUUUUCCUGGUCAGAGGAAGGCUGUACGGGGUGGGAGAGGCCGCACGGCUCGCACAGGAAACAGUUUGUGCGACAUGCCAAAAAGCGGGCGCAAUAAUGGGCUGUUUCCAGAAGGGCUGUGCCAGAAGUUACCACUACAGAUGUGCCAUUCAAACAGGCUGUGUCUUAAAUGAAGACAACUUCUCAAUGAGAUGUCCGGAGCACAAGAAUAAACCGCUCACAUGUGUAACCAGGCAGCACAGGAGAUGACAGGAAACAUGUCGGGGACCACAGGAGAUGUGUGCGUGCUCCGGCCCGGACUCCCCGCCGACACGCUCCUCCUGUGCUUCGGACAUUCGUUCCAGGACGAUCCGCAGAUCUCCUCGGGGUGCGACGUGUGGUUUGCCUGAUUUCACCUCUGCUGUUUUGUAACUCUAAAUUAAGGCCAGCGUUUUUUGCCAAAGCAGGGGGCAGACCUUCCGGUAAGAUUCAGCUCAUCAUGAGAGAAAGAUCAACCAGCGGCCGCUUGAGGAUUUUUUUUUUUAUGAGAUGCGUUUGUGUUUUUCUGUGUUUUCUGUCUUGCAGGUCUUUAACACAGGCUGUUUUCCCAAUUGGCCUGAAACUGAGCCGGGACGGGGUGUGUUUAUGUGUGUGUGUGUGUGCGUGAGGAUGUGUGUGUGUGUGUGUGUGUGCGCGGGUGGUUUAUUUAUUCCUCUUCUCGAAGAUCCACACUUGGACUAGCCACGUCACAAAUAUGAUUUUACUACAUGAAAAGAGAAACUCUACAGGGGUUGGACAGAGCUUUACUGAUGUGUUGUAUAGAAUAAUCUGCUAUAAGGCCACGUGGAUUUAUUUUGUUUUCUACUGUUUCUUAAAAAGUGUCUCAGUCAUCUCAUCACAUAGUCUAAUUUAUGUUUAAUCAGCUGCAUGCACAGUCAAUGUCUGUUUGCUAUGAUGCACUUUAUAAUAUCAUUUUGUCACGUCACUUACUAUUUGCGUCUUUAGUAUUUGGACGAGUCAUUAUUCCUUUUUUUUUUUUUUUCUACAAAUGUAAUUCAUUGGAAUAAAGUGAAUUUAAAGCUGCACUAGGCGACCCUUUCACAAAAAAAAAAUGCAUCCAGCUUAUCAACCUAAACCGCAAAUUGGAGCCGCAGCAGAUCAUUUAAACCCUGUAGGUUUAUCUUAUGUGACCAAAAUGACAUUCCAGGUUCAGCUGUGGACCAACAGGAAGUGAUGAAUUUGGACGUAAAAGUGUGCAGUCCCGGUCCAAACCGUCUUCGGCACAGCAGCGAGCAGUUCUGUCCAGACAAAACUGGACCCGUCAACUUGAGACCAUCCUCCCCCUCUCGUCUUUUUGGUGUGAUAAAGCGUCAGUGAUCAGUCGGGCUGGUGGAUCUGAGCUGCGUGCGGCUGACCGACGCCACCCUGCAGCGUCUCUGGGAACUGACAUUGAGGAUGAGUUUACAGUUACCUCUCACUGCCAUUUGGAGCCGCUAACAUGUCAGGUUGCCUAGUGCAGCUCUAACAAUGGAUUUCUGUCCUCCUGUAUUUAAGUUCCCAUGCGUUAGUCUUUGUAGGAAAGACAGCUGACAUUAACACAAUCUGUUCAAUUUAUUUAAAAUGUAAGGAGUAUAUUAAGGGUUUUAAAAGGGUACUGAUUUUUAAUGGGUAGAGCUUUUUUUUUAUUUAUCAUUUGAGAAACACAAAAGAUAGCUCAGAAUGUUAAUAAAAGUCAUUAUGAUCAAA